UUCUCAGUCUCACUUGCGUCUCUCUCCCUCCCUCUCUCUCUCUCUCUCUCACACACACACACACUUCGUCUCUCUUAUGGUGUCACAACGUUUCUUUUCUCUCAUUUGCCUCUCUCUCUCUUGAUCCAUCUCUCUUUGAAACCCUAACCAUCAAAGAAAAAACGUGUUCACUCACUCUCUCUCUCUCUUAAAUCUAGGCGAAGACUUCAACACGACCUUUUGGUAGUGAAAGCCAUGGACCGCAGUGUCUUCCAACCAAAUCCAACAACAAACAACGAUGACAACUACGUUGGAGAUCCUGCGCUCGCUAACAUGAUUGGUCGAGAUCUUAUUUACAUGAAAGAGGCCAUGGUAAAGGUUCAGAAGUAUGUAGAUCGUAUAAAUGUCCAAAUCAACCAGGCUAGUCAGAAAUUUGAGCAGCUCAAAACAAGAGGAGGAGAAGAACUUAGCGAACUGAAAGUGGAAGUCAAGAAAUUGAAAUCCCAAAUUCCAUCAAAGCUGAUUAUGAAAACCCAUUACGAUGAUGAUUCCAAACCACGUCGGAAUCCAUGGUUUGAUGGAUCCAUUAACCGUAGCAGCAACAACUACCAAGUCGAUGUAAACAACGCCGGCCAUUUGCACAGCUUGUACAAGGAGCCAAACUUCCGUCAAAUCAAGGUAUCUUUCGAUGCCCUCUCAGUCAAACAAAAAAUUUGUUUGGCAUGUUUCUCGCUGUUCCCAGAAAUGGUUACCAUAAAGAAAAGGCUUAUGAUUUAUUGGUGGAUUGGAGAGGGACUUGUAUCCCCAACAUUCUCUACCUCAACGGACAAAGAAAUUGCGUUGGUGAAGACGGCAGAGGAAUUUGGCAAUGAGUUCUUGGAUGACUUUACUACAAAGAGCUUUAUCGAGCCUAUCUACAAAAAUCGUGGCUUGGCCGUGGAUAGCUACAGAAUGCACCCUUUCGUUCAUUCUUUUUUCCGCCUGUUUUGCUGUAAACGAGUGUGUACUCUGGAUACGUUUAAUCAUAGUCUAAUGUUUUUCUUCUAUACAUGCUUCCUCAAUGUUGGUGAGGCCAUUAUUGAUGACAGGUUUGAAGGGUUUUUCAAGUUCAUCUAUUUCACAACUGUUUACUUGGGUAGGUGGCAAGACUCGGUCACGCAUCACAUUGAAGUUACAGACACCAAAAUUCUCAAUGCACUCAAGAAUAUGAAAAAGUUGAGAUUUCUUAGCCUUCGAGGAAUUUCUUUGAUUACAGAGCUUCCUCAGUAUAUUUCACAGAUGACUAAUCUCAAGAUCUUAGAUCUCAAAGCUUGUCACAAUCUUGAGGUUGUUCCAGAUUGGAUUGGCUUACUUAAGAAUUUGACACACUUGGACAUAUCUGAAUGUUACUUUUUAGAUCACAUGCCCAAGGGCCUUGGUUCACUAUCAGAACUCCAAGUUCUUAAGGGAUUUAUCAUUGGAGAUUCCAAGGAUAAAAACUCAUGUACUAUCGACGAUUUGGCAAAAUUAUCGAAGUUGAGAAAAUUGAGCCUACACACCAAUAUGAAAGAAUUCCCAUCAAGUGAGCAGCUCCAUCAUUUACAAACUUUAAAAACUUUGCAAAAGUUAAAAAUAUCCUGGACAGGAUGUAUUUUACAAGGCGAAACAGACGACACACCUAAGCAAGCACAACCACAACCACAGCCACAUGCCAAUCUAACAAGAGCACUAACAGGAUCGUUCACCAAGCAGUAUAAUUUGGAACUUCCUAUCCAGAUGGAGCUUCCUUCCUCAUUGCAAAAACUAGAGCUUGAGUGUUUCCCUAAAAUGGUUACACCCAGUUGGUUGUCGUCUGGCAAUCUGAAGAACUUGAAGAAACUCCACAUUAGAGGAGGACUAUUGUGUCAUCUAGACCAAAUAGCAACUACCACAAUUGAGAUGUUACAAUUAAAGUACUUGAGUGACUUCCAGAUGCAUUGGAUGGACCUUAGGAGAUUAUUUCCCAAUUUGAUCUACUUGGAGAAAAUAGAAUGCCCCGGUCUUAUUUCUUUCCCCUGUGAUGAGCAUGGUGUUUGGAUGAACAGAGCAAACACGCAAAAUCAAGAAAUAGCAUCGUGAAUUUGUGGAAAACUCAAGCUCAACACGGAUGGUAGCACUCGCAGGCUUGGAGGAGGUGGCGGGUUUCGUGGAGUAUUCCGAGAUGAAACAGGGGCAUAGAUUAGCAGCUACUACGGCAGACUUGAGAUAUGCACUAGUCUUGAAGCUGAACUUUGGGCUGUCUACAAAGGGCUCACCAUCAUACUCCAAAGAGGAUUCAACCUAGUGACACUGGAAACAUAUGCGGAGCAAGUGGUACAACUGUUGAGUGAA